AGAGCGGAAGCAGCUCGGCCGGUGCUCCGGAAGCAGUAGCCAUAACUUCCGGGAGGGACUUGUGUGCUUGGUGUGUGUGCUACGGGGUGCUGACUGUGUUUGAAAUAGCGGGAAAGCCAUGUCCCGUGGUUCCAGCGCCGGUUUUGACCGCCACAUUACUAUUUUCUCUCCCGAGGGCCGACUCUACCAAGUAGAAUAUGCUUUUAAGGCUAUUAACCAGGGUGGACUUACAUCUGUUGCUGUUAGAGGAAAGGACUGCGCAGUUAUUGUCACACAGAAGAAAGUACCCGACAAACUACUGGAUUCUAGCACAGUGACUCACUUAUUCAAGAUAACGGAAAACAUCGGCUGUGUGAUGACAGGAAUGACAGCUGACAGCAGAUCCCAGGUACAGAGGGCACGCUAUGAGGCAGCUAAUUGGAAAUACAAAUACGGCUAUGAGAUUCCUGUGGAUAUGCUGUGUAAAAGAAUUGCUGAUAUUUCUCAAGUUUACACACAGAAUGCUGAAAUGAGGCCGCUUGGUUGUUGUAUGAUUUUAAUUGGUAUUGAUGAAGAACAAGGCCCACAGGUGUACAAGUGUGACCCUGCAGGCUACUACUGUGGCUUUAAAGCCACUGCAGCAGGAGUUAAACAAACAGAGUCAACCAGCUUCCUUGAAAAAAAAGUGAAGAAGAAAUUUGAUUGGACAUUUGAACAGACAGUGGAAACUGCAAUUACAUGCCUGUCUACUGUUCUGUCGAUUGAUUUCAAACCUUCAGAAAUAGAAGUUGGAGUAGUUACAGUUGAAAAUCCUAAAUUCAGGAUUCUUACAGAAGCAGAGAUUGACGCUCACCUUGUUGCCCUAGCAGAGAGAGACUGAACACUCUUCUUAUCAGCUCACCAGAUCCAUGAUGCCAUGUGCCUGUGUGUUCGGUAACAGCAAACUGUCAUCGAGGCCCUGGAUUGAAGAUGGAAACUCUCCCACUCCUCCUGCCACUGACUGGUUAGGACUCUGUAUAAAUAAAACAGUGCUUUUGGAAA